AUGUUUCCACCACCAACACAAGACGCGGAUUCUGCUAUCCGCCUGACCGAUUCGGAUGCGGCCCUUGCACGACUCUCUGCUGUGCGCAAGAAGUAUCUUGAAGAUCCUUUCAUUCCAUUCCUUGUGCCGAGAGCCGCGUUCCAGACCCCCCGACCCCCCUUGAUCAACAUUGGAACUUUUGUCCGCGCCACCGCCAUCGAUGACCUCGUCUUCCAGUGGCUACAAACAUCAUUGAACCAAGGCAUCCGCUCCCAGAUUAUCAGUCUUGGAGCAGGUAGCGACACUCGAUUUUGGCGCAUCGCGACUGGUCCAUAUAAAGAUGCCCUCGAGACCUAUAUCGAGCUUGAUUUUCCCGACAUCACAAGCAAGAAGGCCAUGGCCAUUCGCAAAAGCAAGGAUCUGAGUGCGAUAUUGGGGGAGGUCAACGUUUCGCUUGGCGGCACUGGCCUGACCUCUACCAACUAUCAUCUUCUUCCUGUCGACCUGCGCCUGCCUCCAGAAGCCACACUUGCCAACCAUCUAAGCAGCGCAAUCCUUUCCUCGACGCUCCCUACUCUCCUGCUGUUCGAAUGUGUGUUGGUGUAUAUGUCGCCGGAGGCGUCCUCAGCAAUACUACAAUGGUUCGUGGAGUUUUUCUCUGGUGGGGAAACCGCUCCACUCGGGAGCAUCGUCUAUGAAAUGUUUGGUUUGCAAGAUGCCUUCGGACGCGUGAUGGUGGAGAACCUCAAGGCGCGGAACGUCUCCCUCCCGGGUGCUGCACCCUAUUCCGACAUCCACUCGUUGCCAACUCGGUUCACUAACGUGGGCUUCACUGCUGCUCAUGCGUUAACCCUCAAAGAAAUUCGCAAAUCUUAUAUUUCGGCAACUGAGCUGGAAAGGAUUGCUCAUUUGGAACUGGUUGAUGAGGUGGAGGAACUUGAGCUUGUUUUGAACCAUUAUGCAAUUACAUGGGGACUCUGUGCUCCAACGGAGGCAUUGAGGACCGCUUGGGGAGGCUGGGGACUGGUCAAGGCUGUCACAAUACCUUCAGAUGAAGACGAUGAAUGA